CAGCAACACUUUCGUACUUAUCUAAGAAAAAAACAGUUUUUAAAUCCAAUAAAAGUGAAUAACGCAUUCACUAAUUUAGAUAAUGAUGUAAAUUUGAGUGAGGAAAUGAAAUCUUUUACUAUCCCGGUAACUAAACAGGAGGCUGAAAUAUUAAAAAAUAAAAAUUCAAUGACAAAAGAAGAACUUAUUUCAGUUAUUAAUUCAAUACUUAUAUCAUUUCCAGAAUUACAACGCUUAAAUAAUGCUGAAGAAGCUGUAGAUGAAGAAAAUAUAGAUAAAGAACUUGUGAAUGAAGAAAUAACAUAA